UGAAUGCGUGUGUAUGCUGGAGGCGUGCACCGACGCCAGGGGUGUGCAUGUAUGUGUGUGUGACUGAGUGAGAGAGGCAACCAGUAAGAGUGUGAGCCAUGUUGGAUGUGAGUGAAGGUGUGGAAAGAUGCUGCCGCUGCCGCCGCCGCCGCCGCCGCCGCGCACCUCCUGACGCACGCAGCCCCAGCAUCACGCACCACAGCGGGUAGAUGCCAACUCUCCAGGCCGAGGAAGAGACGGGGCAGCCUGGGGGAAGGGUUCGGGCGGUGCCGACGCUCCUAGAAGUGCAGUGGAGGAGAGAGAAGUGACUGGGGAAGAAGGGAAGACGGUCUCUUUGGAGAGAUAGGUGGAGGAGGAAAAAGGAGGAGAGAGACUGAGAAAGGAAGAGACUAAAUGGCUACACGGCUACCGGGCUUCACCCCGCUCUCGCCUCUGGGUCUUCACCUGCUUCUCCUCCUCGGCUCUUUGUUCGCCUUCAUCCCGCGGACGGCGAAUGCAGCGGUGGCUUCCGACCUGAGUACCCCCGGCCCCCGCCACUGGGAUGCCGGUAAAGGGAGCGAGCGGCGUGAGCAAGAAUGGGAGCCGCCGGGGGACAGCAGGACACAGCCGCGGGGAGGAGAACGAGGAGCGGCGGGAAAGAUGCCGGGGGCACGAAACGAGGCACGGGAAGGAGUCGGGACGUUUUGGAGGCGCAGGGAAGACCCCCCGAUACGACCUCGUCAUUUCCUCUCCGGCGUGACACACAGGAGCCGCUCUGAAUGGGGGGUGGAGAAGGGCGUUGUUCCGCCUUCCACCUCGGCCGCUUUCAGCUGCUCGCCGGUUCGGAGUGGUAAAAAACGGACAGUACAAAGGACUACCGGAGCGUGCGCGCAGUCACGGCCACACCUAACUCAACGUGGUGCAGCAAUGGCCUUUGUGCGAGCAUUUGGCCUGCGCGACGCAUCCGGAAGUAGAGGAAUGAGUGGCGGAGGGGUGUGGGAGAGGGCUCGUAAGGUGAGGAGACUCGGAGCCCCCUCCACGCAUCACAAACCAUCACCAGACCCCGUGCCUUUUCGCAUCCUUACUCUUUUUGGAUACAUUUCAACGUGGACAAAGACUUCUAAUAACACAUUUGAAUUACACUCUUGGUUUAGCAAGAAUUCAAUUUGGACCCAAGCAUUGAAAGUGGUUGACAUUCCAAAUUUCCCUGCAUACAAUGUUUUCCAGCAUUCGAGUUAUCAGUACCAAAAGGCAUAUGAUGAUGAGGUUGAUGAUGAUGGCGGUAGUGGCAGUAUGGUCAGGAGAGCUGGUGGUUGUUCUCAUUUGGGCAGGCACAGUGUUAUCGACCCAAGCAAUAUCCAAGUGAGGGCUGAGGGAGGCUGUUGGACUGAGCGAGUCAGGGGGGAGAGGGAAGACUGGUUGGAGAGGGAGGAAGAAGACGUAUGUAGUGCACCGGCAACGUUUGGGUAUCGAGGAAAGGGUGAGAGGAGGGCUGGAAGAGGAGUAGGGGUGAGCCAAGGCAACAAACGCACGACCUUAUCUAAUUGUGCGGAAAAUGAUUUGGCCUUUGUGAGUCUGACGUGUCAAUUUAGGGCUGAUAAUGAGGGGAAAGCGGAAGUUAUAACCGGUAGACGGCGCAAUGAAGCCUGGGUAGAGAGGAGGGAGGCUACCAGUGGAUGCUUUGGCGAUUUGAAGAGACGAGGAACAUGGUGUGGAUUUUUUGAGUUUAUGGGUCUCGAAGGAGGGAUAACUCAGGGUAAUCCCAUUCUCCAGUUUAGACUAGUCAGCAUCAGUGAGGCGCAAGGUCAAUAUUGUAGAUGUAACAUAAUGCAUCAAAGCUCACAAACAGGCCAUGAUGCAGAAAUUGAACCCACUGAACUGAUCCGCAUGUCUUUUGAAAAAGUUAAAUCAACUUCAGGGGCCGUUGAUUCAGCAUUUUCUAUGCAAGAGAAGUUUCCUGUUCACUCAACCAAGCUAAAUCCUUUUUUGCAGCAUGAUUUCAUUUUCGCAAAACAAUCCCUUUUCCCUUCACAAAUCAACCUGACCACUUGGUCUAGUGAAUCUCCUGUUUUGUCCCUCUCUGUGGGGAACAACAGGGAUUCAGCACUUGGGACAGCUCCCCUGAACGACGGAGUUUUUAUGUGGAGGGCAUUCAACAUGAACAGUAACAACAACAAUGAAGAAGAGCAGGGGGAUACGGCAAUGCGCGUUUUUGGUGAAUCAGAGAUAAGAUUGUCCAAUGAGCAAGUGCCAUUAGAAGAACUCAGACCAUCAGUAAAGCGGCAGAUGGGGGUUGAGGGAGGAGAGAGAAGGGAGGGCAAGGCUGAGGGGGACGGGCUGGAGGGCUCUGCUAGGGGAGGAAAAUUACACGUGGGGGAGGGCGAGUUAAUGGGAGGGACAGGACCGUGGGGAGAAGAGGAGGAUGAGAGGCCGAGCGAUAGGGGGACAAAGCCAGGCCAAGCUGAGGAGAGAGAGGCAGCUGAAGGGAAGGGUCAGGAUAGGGGCAGUAGCACUGCUACCAUCACACGGCCAGAUACGGAAAGAUGGAAGAAAGAGAGCCAGUCUGAUGAAAGCUACGAGGAAAAGAGGGAGGCAGAGGGGGAAGCCGAAGAGAGGCACAGUUCAAGGGGAGAGAGGAGCCUGGAAAGGCUGAUAAUAGAGGCAGAGGAUAAAACCGCUCAGGAAGAAAGGCUGGGCAAGGUUUUGAUGCCGUGGCCUCGCUCUCGACGGGCAGCUAACAGACAUCCACAUUUCUCCCUGUAUAACUACCAAGUACAAGUAGCUGAGAACCAGCCACCUGGGACCUCUGUUAUUGUUAUGUCCGCCACAGACCCCGAUGCAGGGGACGCGGGCAGGAUCAGCUACAGCAUGGCUCCCCUUAUGAAUAGCCGGUCGUCUGAUUAUUUCCACAUCCACCCCGAUACUGGCCUGAUCACCUCCACACAGAUUCUAGAUCGAGAACACAUGGUUCUGCAUUAUUUCCGGAUCACUGGAACUGAUCAUGGUUCCCCUCGUCUCUCUGGCACUACAAUGGUAGCCAUUACUGUUGGAGAUCGCAAUGAUCACGCUCCUAUUUUUGAGCAGACAGAAUACCGGGAAACCAUCAGAGAGAAUGUAGAGGAAGGGUACCCCAUCCUUCAACUAAGAGCGACAGAUUUAGACUCCCCGUCCAAUGCCAAUAUUCGUUACCGCUUUGUCGGUGACUCCGCCACAAUUGGGAGAGCUGCUUUUGAGAUAGACCCGCGAUCAGGCCUCAUAACAACCCGUGGAGUUGUUGACCGAGAAACAAAUGAGCACUACACACUCCAGGUGGAGGCUAGUGACCAGGGAAAGGAACCGGGCCCACGCUCAGCCACAGUUAAAGUUUUUAUCACAGUGUUGGAUGAAAAUGACAAUGUGCCACAGUUCAGUGAGAAGCGGUAUGUGGUGGCGGUGAAGGAGGACGUGAGACCUCACUCGGAGAUCCUCCGUGUUAGUGCCACAGACCAGGACAAGGACAGUAACGCUGCAGUUCACUAUAACAUCAUCAGCGGGAACAGCCGUGGCCAGUUUUCCAUCGAUAGUGUCACAGGGGAGAUCCAGGUGGUGGCGCCUCUGGAUUACGAGGCUGAGCGGGAGUACACGCUCCGUGUCCGUGCGCAGGACAAUGGCCGACCGCCACUUUCCAACAAUACUGGCAUUGUAAGUGUGCAGGUGACGGACGUCAAUGACAACCCGCCUAUCUUUGUCUCUACACCGUUCCAAGCAUCUGUGCUUGAGAGUGCACCCAUUGGAAGCUCUAUCCUUCACAUCCAAGCCAUUGAUACCGAUGCUGGCGACAAUGCACGCCUGGAGUACAGAUUAACCGGAACCAGUUCCGACACACCGUUCGUCAUCAAUUCUGCAACGGGCUGGGUCACCGUUAAAUCCAUUCUUGACAGAGAAUCUGUUGAGCACUAUUUCUUUGGUGUGGAGGCCAGGGAUUAUGGAAUGCCACCUCUUUCUGCCACAUCAAGUGUUACAAUAACAGUGAUGGAUGUUAAUGAUAACCGCCCAGAAUUUUUACAAAAAGAAUAUUUUUCCCGCCUGAAUGAGGACGCUGUGGUUGGAACCAGUGUGGUAACUGUCACGGCUGUGGAUCGGGAUGUCAACAGUGCUGUGACUUAUCAGAUAACAGGUGGGAACACUAGGAACCGUUUUGCCAUUAGCACUGCAGGGGGUUCCGGACUGCUCUCUUUAGCCCUCCCACUGGACUACAAACAAGAACGGCGCUAUGUUUUAACCGUCACAGCCUCAGACCGUACGCUCCAUGACACCUGUCAGGUGCACAUCAACAUCACUGAUGCGAACACACACCGGCCUGUGUUCCAGAGUGCACACUACUCUGUUAGUGUGAAUGAGGACCGACCACCUGGGAGCACUGUGGUUGUUAUCAGUGCAACAGAUGAUGAUAUUGGUGAAAAUGCCCGGAUCACAUACUUCCUGGAGGACAAUAUCCCUCAGUUUCGCAUUGAUCCUGCAUCAGGGGCUAUCACGCUACAGGCGGAGCUUGAUUAUGAGGACCAGAUGACCUACACUUUAGCUAUAACAGCAAAAGACAACGGCAUACCACAGAAAUCAGAUACGACAUACGUGGAGGUGAAUGUCAAUGAUGUGAAUGACAAUGCGCCUCAGUUUCUCAGCCCCAGAUACCAGGGAACUGUCAGCGAGGAUGCCCCGCCCUUCACCAGUGUCCUCCAAAUCUCAGCCACUGAUAGGGAUGCACACGCCAACGGCCGCGUCCAGUACACAUUCCAAAAUGGCGAGGAUGGAGAUGGAGACUUUACCAUUGAGCCGACAUCUGGCAUUGUGCGAACUGUUCGCCGGUUGGACCGCGAGAGUGUGCCAUUUUACGAGCUCACAGCUUAUGCUGUUGACCGAGGUGUACCCUCACAGCGAACACCCGUCCACAUCCAAGUGACAGUUCUUGACGUUAACGAUAACGCCCCGGUCUUCCCUGCUGAUGACUUUGAGGUUCUGGUGAGAGAAAACAGUGCCGUGGGCUCUGUGGUGGCUCAGAUCACUGCCACGGACCCAGAUGAGGGUGCCAAUGCCCAAAUUAUGUACCAGAUUGUGGAGGGAAAUAUCCCUGAGAUCUUUCAGAUGGACAUAUUCUCAGGGGAGCUGACAUCACUCAUUGAUCUUGACUAUGAGGCUCGCAACGAGUAUGUCAUUGUAGUCCAGGCCACCUCGGCUCCUCUAGUCAGCCGGGCUACUGUACGGAUCAAAUUGGUAGACCAGAACGACAACAAGCCCACUCUGAAAGACUUCCAAAUAAUUUUUAACAACUUUGUGUCAAACCGUUCUAACAGUUUCCCGAAUGGAAUAAUUGGGAGAGUCCCCGCCAACGAUCCAGAUGCAUCAGACCGGCUGUACUACACAAUUGACAGGGGGAACGAGCUUCACCUGCUGCUGCUCAAUCACACCAGUGGGGAGAUCCGACUGAGCCGUAAACUGGAUAAUAACAGGCCACUGGUGGCUCCCAUGCUGAUCACCGUCACAGAUGGUGUCCACAGCAUUUCAGCACACUGCGUCCUCCGUGUCCUCAUAAUCACCGAGGACAUGCUGGGCAGCAGCGUCACAGUGCGCCUGCAGAACAUGUCCCAGGAGCACUUCCUGUCACCGUUGCUGGGUCACUUUCUGGAGGGUGUGUCAGCGAUUCUCUCGGUGCCUGUCGAGGAUGUUUUUGUCUUCAACAUCCAGCCGGACAUGGACGCAGCACCGGGAGGGAUCCUAAACGUGAGCUUCUCUGCGGCGCUACCAGGAGGACACUUCUUUCCCUCCGAGGCCCUGGAGGAACAACUGUACCUGAACAGGCCGCGGCUGACCUCGCUCACACAGAUGGAGGUCCUUCCAUUUGACGACAAUGUGUGUCUGCGUGAGCCGUGUCAGAACUACAUGAAGUGCAUCUCUGUGCUGCGCUUCAAUAGCUCCGCCCCUUUCAUCUCCUCACCCUCCAUCCUGUUCCGGCCCAUUCAUCCCAUCGCCGGCCUGCGCUGCCGUUGCCCCGUGGGCUUCACCGGCGACUACUGUGAGACCGAGAUCAAUCUUUGCUAUUCCAACCCUUGUCUGAACGGAGGGGUGUGCGCCCGCAAAGAGGGAGGGUACACGUGCAUCUGCCGCGAGGACUACACUGGUGACAAAUGUGAGUUUGACCGGCGACGUGGUGGCUGCGUGCAGGGCGUCUGUCGUAACGGAGGAACGUGUCGGGAGCUCUCGGGUGGCGGCUUCCGCUGCGAGUGUCCCGUCGGCGGGUUCGAGCGACCAUACUGCACCGUCACCGCCCGCUCUUUCCCCCCGAAGACCUUCGCCAUGUUCCGGGGCCUCAGACAGCGGUUCCACCUCUCAAUUUCUUUAACUUUUGCAACACUUGAGAGCAACGGUCUUCUGUUCUACAAUGGCCGCUUCAACGAGAAGCACGACUUCAUUGCUUUGGAGAUCCAAGAGGGACAAGUGGUACUCAAAUAUUCCACAGGUGAAUCGUCCACCCAGGUGAGUCCCUUCCUGUCUGGAGGUGUGAGUGAUGGGGAAUGGCAUACAGUUCACAUCCACUAUUACAACAAGCCAGCUAUCCGCUAUCCUAAGCGCAGCAUGGGUGGAGAGGCCCAGGGUCCCUCAGAUGAGAAGAUUGCAGUAGUAAGCAUUGACGACUGCGAUACAGCCUUGUCACUCCGCUUUGGCACACAGCUUGGAAAUUACAGUUGUGCUGCUCAGGGCACACAGACCAGCAGCAAGAAGUCUCUUGACCUGACUGGUCCAUUGUUCCUGGGUGGAGUCCCCAAUGUUCCGGACAACUUUCCGUUCGGUGCCAGGGAGUUUAUCGGCUGUAUGAAGGAGCUGCACAUUGACAACAAGCCGCUGGACCUGGCCGGGUUUAUUGCUAACAAUGGAACACUGCCAGGCUGCAGUGCCAAACUUCCCUUCUGCAAGUCCAACCCUUGUCAGAACGGAGGAACCUGCCGGGUCAGCUGGGAGACUUUCUCCUGUGACUGUCCUCUUGGGUACGGAGGGAAGGACUGUAGCCAUGUGAUGCCACACCCCCAUCGCUUCAUGGGAAACAGUGCCCUCUGGUGGGACUUAAAGAACGACGUGACCAUCUCCACACCCUGGUACCUGGGCUUAGUGUUCCGAACCAGAGCUCGAGAGGGGACGCUGCUUCAGGCCCAAGCUGGCCAGUACACCAGCCUGCUAUUCCAGGUAACAAAUGGUCAGCUGGUGUUCUCUGUGACUCGGGGUUCUACCAGACCAGUGAGAUUGAGACUGGAUCAGGUUCAGGUGGCAGAUGGGCAGUGGCACGAUCUCCAGCUAGAGCUGAGGGAUGUUCGCAGUGGCCGUGAAACUCGUUACGUUGCCACUGUUCGCCUGGAUUUUGGACUUUAUCAAGGAACAGCAAUAGUGGGGAAUGAGAUUCAUGGAUUGAAGGUGAAACAUCUGCAUGUGGGAGGAGUGUUGGGCUCCGGAGAGGUCCUGAAUGGGAUCAGAGGAUGCAUUCAGGGUGUUCGCUUGGGUGUGAGACCGGACGCCCCCUCACUGCCGCGCCCCUCCAGAACUGUCAAAGUGGAGAUUGGCUGCAAUGUCGGGAACCCUUGCGUCUCAUCUCCUUGUCCCGCCCACAGCCGCUGUACGGACCAAUGGGAGAGGCACACCUGCAUAUGUGAACCCGGUUACUAUGGGAGAGGCUGCACUGAUGCUUGCCAUUUGAAUCCUUGUGAAAAUGAAGCUCAGUGCCACAGGAAACCCACCUCGUCACAUGGCUACAUCUGCGACUGUGGAGACAACCACUAUGGACAGUACUGCCAACACAGGAUUGACCACCAGUGUCCCAGAGGUUGGUGGGGGUCUCCCACGUGCGGGCCUUGUCAUUGUGAUGCCAAUAAUGGCUUCGACACAAACUGUAACAAGACAAGUGGACACUGUCACUGCAAGGAAUUUCACUACCGUCCGCGGGGCUCAGACAGCUGCCUGCCAUGCGACUGCUACCCCGUCGGCUCCUUCUCACGGACAUGUGACCCCGAGACCGGCCAAUGCCCGUGCAGGCCCGGUGUGAUUGGUCGCCAGUGCAACACGUGUGACAACCCAUUUGCUGAGGUCACAAACUCAGGGUGUGAAGUCAUUUAUGAUGGCUGCCCAAAAACCAUCACUCAGGGAAUCUGGUGGCCACGGACCAAGUUCAACCUGCCUGCUGCAGUGCCCUGCCCCAAAGGUUCUGUGGGGGCUGCUAUCAGACACUGUGAUGUUGAGAGAGGCUGGAUGGAGCCAGACCUUUACAACUGCACCUCCCCUCCAUUUGUGGAGCUCAAUGCUGCUCUGGAUUCACUUGAACGCAAUGAGACAGAGCUGAACACGAUCAUGGAGAAGAAGCUCGCACACCAGCUCCGUGAUGUGACUGAAGCGACCGGCCGCCUCUAUGGUAACGAUUUGCUCAUCGCAGAGCGACUGCUGUCACGCCUCCUCACCUUCGAGACCCUACAAAGUGGCUUCGGACUCACCGCCACUCAGGACGCACACUUUAAUGAGAACAUCCUGCGUGGCUGCAGUGUGCUGUUAGGUCCUGGAACGGAGGGUCUUUGGCGUGCCCUUACCCAGGGUCAGAGUCACAUUCUCAGCGGUCCAGCUGAAUUGUCGGAGUUGCUGGAACAGUAUACGCAGAAUCUGGCCCAAAACAUGAAGCUCACCUACCUCAACCCUGUGGCACUGGUGGCUCCCAAUAUUGUCAUGAAUCUGGAUCGGGUGGAGAACCACACUCACGUGCGGCGACGUUUCCCACGUUACCAUACUACACUGUUUCGUAGUCAGUCCGUGUGGGAUCCCUCCACGCAUGUGAUUCUGCCCCCUGCCGCCCUGGUCCCACAACGACAACAGCAACACAACUGGAAGGAGAAGGAGCGCACUGAGAAAGAACACGUCCCUCCUCUUCAUGCUGUUCAAGCGGCAGUCAGCUUCUCAGCCAAUCAGACAGGAGAGUACACUGCAGCCCGGCGCACACUUGCAGCACCUGAACCGCCCAUCACCAUUGUCAUUUUGCUUAUCUACCGAAGUCUGGGUGGAGCACUCCCACCCAAGUAUCACACUGACAGACGAGGAGUGAGACUUCCCAGACACCCAGUCAUGAACUCCCCAGUGGUCACUAUCUCUGUAUACAACAAUCAAACCUUUGUGGGGGGACAUUUGGACCAGCCCAUUCUACUGGAGUUUAAACUACUGGAAACCGCCAAUCGCAGUAAGCCACUGUGUGUGCAGUGGAACCACAGCAGCCAGUGUGAGAUUGGAGGCUGUUGGACAGUGAGAGACUGUAUGGUGGUAUACAGGAACAUCUCACAUGUCCGCUGUCAGUGUCAAAGGUUAGGCACCUUUGGAGUGCUGAUGGACAGUUCACAAAGAGAGCAGUUGGAGGGUGAUCUGGAGACGCUCGCCCUGAUCACCUAUUCCUCUCUGGUGCUGUCCAUGCUGGCUUUGCUCCUCACCGUCUUGGUGCUCUCCUGCCUCCGAGGCCUCAAGUCCAACACCAGGAGCAUCCAUUCCAAUACGGCGGCGGCCAUGUUUUUGUCAGAGCUUGUGUUUCUGCUGGGCAUCAAUCAGACUGAACAACAGUUCCUGUGCACGGUGGUGGCUAUCCUCAUGCAUUACUUCUUCAUGUCCACAUUUGCCUGGAUGUUUGUGGAGGGACUUCACAUCUACCGCAUGCAGACUGAGCAACGCAAUAUCAACUUCGGGGCAAUGAGGUUCUACUAUGCCAUCGGCUGGGGCGUACCUGCCAUUAUUACUGGUCUGGCUGUGGGCUUGGAUCCAGAAGGUUAUGGGAACCCAGACUUCUGUUGGAUCUCCAUCUAUGACAAGCUCAUCUGGAGCUUUGCUGGUCCAAUUGCCAUCGUCAUACUGAUGAACGGAGGAAUUUUCAUGAUUGUAGCCAAGAUGUCUUGUAACACCUCUCAGAAGGAGACCAAGAAGCUUCCUGUCAUCGCAACCAUCCGUAACGCCUUCCUGCUUUUGAUGGUGGCCACCUCCACCUGGCUGUGUGGUUUGAUGGCCGUGAACAACAGCAUCCUGGCUUUCUACUAUAUAUUUGACAUCCUCUGUCUAGUGCAGGGUCUGACAGUGUCGCUGGUCUUCACCAUGUUCAACUCUGAGGUGAAGGAGGCCUGGAGAGUGGCCUGUUUGGGGAAGAAGAGUCCUGGAGAGGAUCCGCCAAGACCAGCGUCGAAUGCUGCAGAGAAUCCCUAUCACAACGCGUCACUGCUGGAGCAGAGUGGGCUGCAUCGCAUCACCUUAGGAGCAUCCACCAUCUCCUCCGUCAGCUCCGCCAGGGAGAAUCUUUUGACGCGUCAGACUCUGGAACAAAGCAUUGUUCAAACUGGAGCAACCGACCUGGAUGUUGCCAUGUUCCACAGAGAUGGAGGUGAGGAUUCCGACUCUGAUUCCGACCUCUCCAUGGAGGAGGAGCGUAGUCUGUCAAUACCGUCUUCUGAGAGCGAGGACAACGUCCGUCUACGCGGGCGCAUACAGCGGCGUUUCAAGCGCUCCAAUCAUGGCGAGCGCCUGCUCACUGAGCCCACCAACAAUGGUACCAAAGAUCUGGAUGGCAACGACCUCCUUUCUUACUGGCCCGCGCUGGAGGGAUGUGAGAAACACACCCUUCAAAAGUGGGGCUCCGAGCGCCCACUUGGGGCCGAUUACAGCAAGGAUGCAGCCAACAACAACCAAGCCGAUGCAGCCCUCACCAGUGGGGACGAGAGCGGCCUCACGCAACCACACAGACACCGCAAGGGUAUCCUCAAGAAUCGUCUCGGCUGUCCUCCCACCCUCCAGGGGCUUUCAACAGUGGGCCGGGGUUCCAGUGAGCUCAAUUGGUACCGCACCUCGACCCUGGGCCACCGAGGUGUUCCUGCGGCCUCCUACGGCCGCAUGUACUCGGCUUCAGCUGGUGCUGGAGGGGGUACGGGCUCCCUCUCGCAGCCAGGUUCCCGCUACUCUUCCAGGGAGCAUCUGGACUCGCUGGCCCGGAGGCAGCUGUCUCGGGAUCCUCUCGGGAGGCAAACCGUCGGGGGAUCAAGGGACCGGUUGGACUCUCGAGGAUCCAGGGACAAUCUGGACCUCUUACCCAGGAGGAGAGAACUGGGCCAGGGAGCAGGGCUUGGGGGCUUGGAUCAACAGCGAGUGUCAUCAUCCAGGGAAAACUUGACCUCCUCCAGGGACAGACUGGACAACUAUCACUCGGGCACUAUCCACGCCUCGCGAGAGGACUUGAGGGGAAAUGCGGGCGCUAUGGGAGCCGGCACGGAGGGAACCCUGAGCGGGUCCAGAUCUCAGUUGAACAUGCAAAGUCGUCGACAGGCUUCAUCUCGGGAGCACCUGGCGGGGGCCCUGAUGAGCAGCAAGUCGAGGGAGCAGCUGGAGGCCAACGGAGUGGGAGCGCAGGCCCAACCCUGUCGGGAGUGGCUGCGCUCCCUGCCACCCCGCCAGCCCUCGCAUCCUGACCAGCCUCCACCGUCCUCCCUACCUCCGUCCAUUUCAGAGGAGCCUCAGCAAGAGGCCUUCCCCUCGUCCACUCACGUUAGAGGACGCCUGGAUUCUGCAUGUAGGUACCCUGGUCAGACAGCCACGCCCGGCACGGGUACGAACCCUCUGGGGAGACAACCCUCUAGUGAACAUCUGGAUAUUCUCUCCUCCAUCCUUGCAUCCUUCAGCCCCUCUGCCCUCACUCCUCCAACUGCUGCCUCCAAUUCUGGCCCUAACGGCUCAGCCCGCGGUCCCUCCCCCUCCCUGCCACAGUCUGCCACCUCUCACAGCAUAUCUGAGGUUUCCCCUGACUCGGAAGCCAACAGAGGCGAAGGACAGUCUUGAUGACAGGCAGCCUCUGUAUUCCUUUAUGCAUUCUGAGGACAAGGUGAACGAGCGAGGCAUCUGAGGACUAAAAUACAGCUUUGGACACAGGUGAUAUCGUGUGAAAAAAUAAGAGGAUGCAUUGCUAACUUGGACGGUCCAGCGGACAAAAACUGUUUACAAACUAUCACACUCAGUCAGAUGUCGACGGAAUUCAUUUAAAAGGGGGAAAAGACUGUACAUACUCAAACAGUUUUAUACAUUUUGUAUCUUUUACAUUGGAGACAAAGAUGUCUCUUGUGAUGUUUUCUUUUUUGUAAUGUCCGUGUGAGUGAAGUUGGUGUGAGUGAGCUGUAUUUAAAUCACACACACACACGCAAAACAUUUCUCAUCAAUGUGCGUGGAAAUGGCAAAGGGCCCAACAAAAACAUCUGAUGAGAUCUCAAAAAACCACAAGACCAGGUUGGAGGAAACCCAUCAACCUAGCGAUGGGUAAUGUGUAAAUAGAGGGCCGUUAUUAUUGUAAAUGAAGAGAUUUGAACGGAACGAGAUGAUUAUAACAAGUACGACGACGUUGAGGGUGCCACUCGAGGUUUCAGGGUUUGACCAUUAAAGCUCCGUCAUAACUUGUCAUGAGAUUGUGAUGUUUUGUGAUUCAAGUUCCAGCGUUAAAUGAAUGUGACCUUGUCGUCUGUCUACCUUCCGUGCCUGGACCGUGUCCGUGCAUGCACGGCACCAUAUCCUCAGUGGGUGAAGGUUGACACCAGUCUGCCUCUCUUCAUUAAGCCACAACCGUUUUAAGAUGAUUUACUGUUUUUGCAUAACAACUCAACCUGCCUCAAGAGACAGCACAGACACAUGCAAGCCAAAGGGAAAACUGCCGCUAAACUGUAUUGAGUCAUUGGAUUCACCAGCAAUUGUGCCAGUUGUGAGGUGUAAAUUAGUAUUAAAUCAACCAUCCAUUUUCCAUCCUCAUUAGGGUCAGGGUCAGGGUCACGGGUGAGCUGGAGCCUAUCGGCGAGAGGCAGGGCACACCCUGGACUGGUUACAAGCCAACCACAGGGCACACAUAGAAAUACAACCAUUCACAGUCACACUCACAUUCGCACUUUUGGACAAUUUAGAGUCUUCAUUGUGGGAGGAAGCCAGAAUGCAGCAAGUAAACCCACGCAAGCACAAUGAGAACAUGCGCCACACGGGAAAGAUGGAGGCAAAAUCUGAACCCCAAACCUCAGAACUCCUAGGCACACAUGCUCACCACUGUGCUGCUGUUUUGAUCAGUUUAAUAUUUUUAAUGCAGGAUUAUUUAAACGUGCUAUCCAAAAAAAAUAUGAUGGUGAUGAAAUAGCAAAUGAAAACAUUCAUCAAUCCUUUCUGUAGUGUACUGCCUAACCACUUCAGAGUCACGGGGGAGCUGGAGCAUUUCCCAGCUUGGGUUCGAGAGAGUGAACAGCCAGUCAACUGCAGGGCAUAAAUAUUAAUUAGCAGUCCAAAAACAUCUUAAUUGAAGACUCUAAAUUGUCCUUAUGUGUGAAUGUGAGAAUAUAAAUCAUGAAUUAAAAGAUUAAUUAAUAUAUCAAAAACGCCAUUCAUUAAUUGAAUUCUGAAAUAUAAUCUGCAUUAUAUUUAAGUAUUUAUUUAUUCAAAAUUAUGCAAUGGUCUUUUCGGGUUGGCGGGAUAAACGAUCUGAUUGGCUAAAUCAAUCAUUGUCACGACAAGUUUCCACCCACCUCAUCAAUGGAUGGGUUAGUUUGAUAGAUAAUUAAUUUUCAAUGAAUCUGAAUUUCGUUGUGGAUUACUGCCAAUGAGAAGGAUUAUUAUUCUAUAUUUUUUUCAAUGUACGGCCAUAAAAUAAUUUCAUUAAUAAAGUAAUCGGAUUUGACAAUGAUCUUUCAAUCAAGGUUGAUUGGAGUCUCUAAAUUGCCCGUAGGUGUGAUUGUGAGUGCGAAUGGUUGUUUGUUUCGUGUGCCCUGCGAUUGGCUGGCGACCAGUUGAGGGUGUACCCCGCCUCUCCCCCGAAGCUAGCUGGGAUUGGCUCCAGCACCCCCGCGGCCCUAGUGAGGAUAAAGCGGUAAAGGAAAUGGAUGGAUGGCUGGAUCUUUGAAUCAAUGAAUUCAUGUUUUUACACCAACUUCUGCAUGAAACAAACCUCCAUUUGUGGUCGUCUACAUACCGAGCAAACUACAGAACAAGGGUUUACGACAGAGUUCAUUUCCUACAGUGGCGACGUAACCCGGAUUUGUACAGUACCAAAGCAGUUGAAAUAUAGUCUAUCACUAACGCAGUAGUAAAGUCCUAAUUACAAUAAAUAUUUGUAUUUCAAAAUUUGUAGUUCAUAUAUAUUAAACAAUCAGAUGAAAAAUUCAAUACUGUAACUAUGGUGGUGACUGAGCAUGCCUUCUCGUGUCCGUGACAACGUAGUCCUACAUUUUCGAACACAGCGCCCCCUUAUGCUCUCCCUCCCCACCCCAUAUCCGCCGAAAUGUCAUAUUACAUCACAUGGCGAUAUCACAUAUUGUCAUAAUAAACCUCCAGAACUGAAAUGCAAUUUUAGCCAGACGGCAAGUGAAGCCUGGGGCCUUCUGCACCACACAACAGCGAAAGGACAAGAAAAGGCAGCAUAAACUUUAAACCAAGCUCUAGAGGGAUUUUGAGAUACUUUUAAAAUCUGAAUUACAUCAUCUUGCGCUACUUUUCACCACCUGCUGGACGUUUGCCCUGAAUUCAAAAUCACUAGUAACUGCCAUAGAAAUCCCCAAGUUUAGUGUAAACAAGUGGACUUGUAUUUGGCCUCUCAGUAUGAAUAGGUCGGCCGCUGCCAACGAUUUAACGAGAGUAUUGAUGAAGAGUUCCUCGCCGGCGUGAGUGAGAAAGACGACUUUCCUCCAGCUUAAACUGCUGAGUGAAGGCCAAUUAAUUCUCCCACCUUGUGAAUUCUGCAGCACCACAGCAGCAUUUUGCACCAAAUGUCAGUCAUGUCUCUGUGCUUUUGAGGUGCAGCUCUGUUCAAUCACAACAGCUGCUUGCCUUCUCACUCCUGCUGGAGGAAACGCAACACUCAGACGUCAACACAAGACAACUCAAACAUUCAGAAACCACAUAUUUAGAGGCCGCGUGUCUAAUGGAUAAAGAAUAACUUUUUUUUUUUUUUAAACUGCAAAUUAAAUUUAUGAGGAUGAAAUGCAAAAUUUCACACACGAGUGCACAUCUGUGAGCCCUGUUUUGCUUGUGUCUAUGCUGUGUGACGCGGAAGUAUUUUGACCCACGAAAAAUAUCAAAACCCAAGUCUGUUAGAACUGGUUCUCAAAUUGAGGUCCGGGGACUCCCUACGGUCCACAUUUGCACCAUUUGCAGUCAUUUGUUGUAUCACUGAAAAAAGUGCAACUGAGCCAGACUGACAAUAUUUGCUGACAUCUCAUGUGGUAUCAUGCAUGAAUGCUUAAAGAUUUUGUGCGACUUUUGAAGAAUAUUUUUUCCUAAUAGACUUUAGAGGGGCUUUGGACUUUGAGGUUCCACUUGUAUUUGAAUCAAUUGCCACUCUUUUAUCUGCUCAUCUCCACUUCACUUGAAUCCAAAUAGACUUAAAUCCAUUGAUAGUUCACUCACACUGCUCUCAAACUGAGGUCAAUUUCUAGGAUUAUCUGUAACUUUUUCCCACCCGUGAUGUCUUUCGCGAACAAAAUUGCCCAACCCUGUCUUUAUUUACACCUGGAAUUAAAACUCCCAAGUCAAAUCAUGAAAAGGACUCAUGGCAUAAAAUUCACAUUUUGCAUUCAUGCAAAAUUAAACCUUUUGUUAAUGACUGGGUUUAAAAAAAUGUAUAUUACUUUGUGCAGCUGUGAUGCAAACCUAUCCUCAUAAUAUUCUCCUCCGUCUUGACUUCAUACAGAUCCAAGGUUGACACCGAAUCAUAUGAUUUGUUUUAAUGCAACGUUCAGCAUCACACAAUUACAGCAAGGAGGGAAAGUGGUUGAAUCGAGAAGGGAAUGUCAAGGAAAGAAACAAGAAUGUUGCAAUAUGAUGAAUGGCGAUGUUUGUGUUGCAUUUGUAUUUAUGAUGGGAUGCCUCAUUCCCUGCGCUCAGCAAGGGAUUUGCAGCAUGCAACCAUGACAGUUCAUGUUACCACGGAUACAAGCGAUAUGUUGGACAUUAAAAAACAAAUGUAUUCCUUCCUA